UGUGUGAGGAUCCAUCUCCGGCCAUGGGGUGUCCCGUGUGGGGUGGUGUAGGUGUGUGUCACAAGGUGCAGCCCGUAUUAGGCGCAGCUCAUUCUGUGUCAGUGUGUGUCUUGCCCACGUGGAUGGAUGCCUCUUCCCCGCUCUGACCCAGACACACCCCAGCCCCUCCUUAGUCUGGGAGGGGGGUUGGGGAGCCUCCCCUUACCCUGGGCCCUCCCCGCCCCUCCUGCCCUGCCCUGCAGCCGUUACCACUCCCCAGAGGGCACAGGGCUCUGCGUGCCUCUGCCUCGGAGCAGAAGCCCCAGCCAAGCUGAGCAGCUGGAGGCCUGGAAGCCAAAGUGGCUGCCAUUUGUGUACUGCGAGGUGGGGGACCUUGGGCAGGAAGCUGGCUGAGCCUCAAGACCUCAGGGGCCAUGGGCGGGGACCCGGUGGCUGGCCUGGGGGCCCUUCGGAGGCGAAAGCGCUUGCUGGAGGAGGAGAAGUGGCUGGCUGGCUGGGCGCUGGCGCUGGCGGGAACUGGCAUUGGACUCAUGGUGCUGCACGCGGAGAUGCUGUGGUUCGGGGGGUGUCCGUGGGCGCUCUACCUGUUCCUGGUUAAGUGCAUGAUCAGCGUGUCCACCAUCUUGCUGCUUUGCUUUAUUGUGGCCUUCCACGCCAAAGAGAUCCAGCUGUUCAUGACCGACAACGGGCUCCGAGACUGGCGCGUGGCGCUGACCCGGCGGCAGGCGGCGCAGAUCUUGCUGGAGCUGGCGGUGUGCGGGCUGCACCCGGCCCCCGUGCGGGGCCCGCCUUGUGCGCAGGGCUCCGGGUUGCCUCGGACAGCCACGCAGGCUUGGCCGAGCUUCCUGGGCGAAGGGGAGGCGCUGCUGUCGUUGGCCAUGCUGCUGCGCCUCUACCUGGUGCCCCGCGCCGUACUCCUGCGCAGCGGCGUCCUGCUCAACGCGUCCUACCGCAGCAUCGGCGCCCUCAACCAAGUCCGCUUCCGCCACUGGUUCGUGGCCAAGCUGUACAUGAACACGCAUCCCGGCCGCCUGCUGCUGGGCCUCACGCUUGGCCUCUGGCUCACCACAGCCUGGGUGCUGUCCGUGGCAGAGAGGCAGGCAGUUAAUGCCACCGGGCACCUUUCGGACACCCUGUGGCUGAUCCCUAUCACGUUCCUGACCAUUGGCUAUGGGGAUGUGGUUCCCGGCACCAUGUGGGGCAAGAUCGUCUGCCUCUGCACUGGAGUCAUGGGGGUGUGCUGUACAGCCCUGCUGGUGGCCGUGGUGGCUCGGAAGCUGGAGUUCAACAAAGCAGAGAAGCAUGUGCAUAACUUUAUGAUGGACAUCCACUAUGCCAAGGAGGUGAAGGAGUCGGCUGCACGCCUGCUGCAGGAGGCCUGGAUGUACUACAAACACACACGCAGGAAGGAGCUGGCAGCCGCCCGCAGGCAUCAGCGCAAGCUGCUGGCCACCAUCUACACCUUUCGCCAGGUUCGGCUCAAACACCGGAAGCUCCGGGAGCAAGUGAACUCGAUGGUGGACAUCUCUAAGAUGCACAUGACCCUGAGUGACUUGAAGCAGCGUCUGAGUGACUCACAUGACACCCUAGAGAAGCGGAUUGACGCCCUGGGGAGGAAGCUGGACACCCUGAGUGAGCUGCUCAGCACUGCCUUGAGCCCUCGGCAGCUUCCAGAACCCAGGCAGGAGGCCACGUAGCGGACCUACACAGAAGGAAUCUGACUACUUUCCCAGGAUGGAGGCCAAGGACUACUCAUCCAGCCCUGUGAAUAAAGCACCUUAUGGUGCAAGG